AAUUGUAAAAUUGUUGAAAGUUGAAAGAGUUAGUUUGAUAUGUAAAUGAAAAAGUAUUAUUUCUAACUUCGUAUGAAAAUAAUUGAAUAUUGUAUUAGAACUUGGUCAAUUCCUUUGACAUUUUAAAAACUUUCUGCAAUGGAUUUGGGAAAACUAUAUGAAAAAUAUAAUAUACUGAUAGAUGCUAAAAAUAAUGUAUCUGAGCACGUUCAAGAUUUUGCUGAUGCAAUUGAAGGUGCUCGGGGUGGAGAAAAGGAAAAAAAGCUAUCUACCCAAAUUCUUUCAAAAUUUUUCAAGCAUUUUCCAAGUUUACAAAUCAAAGCUCUAAAUGCUAUUUUAGAUCUAUGCGAGGAUGAUGAUAGCAUGAUAAGAAUAUGUGCCAUGAAAGCAUUACCUCUAAUGUGCAAAGACUCACAAGAACAUUUGAAUAAAAUCAUCUAUAUCCUAGCACAGCUUCUGCAACUUGAAGACCAAGAGUACAAUAUAGCAGCCAGUUCCAUUAAGUCGAUAUAUAGAGAUUUUCCUCAACAAGUUAUCAAAGCAUUAUAUUUAUUUAUUCAGAAUAGUACUGAUGUCAAUGUUAGGGAGAAAUGUAUUUCUUUCAUACUUAAAACAUUACUAACCACACCAGUAAAUGUAAAUAAGGAUGAAAUUGAAGAUACUAUAAUUGAUGAAUCAAAAAAAUUAUUAACGUAUGCCAAUCCCGAAGAGUUUAUUAUUAUAAUGCCAUAUUUGAUAUCAUCAAAAUAUGGCAAAACCUUAUCAGGGGCAAAUAAUCUAUUAGAAAUAAUAGCUGAACAAAUGGACUUAGAUCAAGAAUUUGAGCAUGAGGAGAUAGGAAGUAUAGAGAAAUUAAUUAUGUGCACAAAGUAUGCUAUAAAUUUGUUUUCGCCUAAAUGUGAAUCCAAUAAGUUCCUUGUAUAUAUUUGUGACCAUGUACUACCACAAUGGUGUAAUCUAUACAAUGUACAAAAUUCUAAAGAUGUGCAGUUACAAAUUUUGAAGUUAUUGGCUGAAGUAUCACUACAUUGUGGAAAGUUAGAAAAUCCAUCUUUGCAGGUCGCAAGUAUUUUCAAUUUAUUGAAGUUAUACAUGCCCCCACCUCCAGAUACUGAUGACACAACAUUACCUUCUGUUGAUUUUACAGCAGUUGAAUGCCUUCUAUUCUCAUUCCACCGAAUAGCUAGACAAUGUUCAGAUUUCUUAACUCAAGAUCCAGAAGUUCUCAGAGACUUUAGGGCUCGCUUACUCUACUUUUCACGAUGUGCUCAGGGUUGUAAAAAAGUAUUGAACCACACCAUAGUGUCUCGUGUAACAGUUCAGAGUAAAGAUGUUGAAAAAAUGAAGAUGGCGCCAUCUAUAUUGGAGAAUAUAAGGGCUUUGAUUAAGGAUCUAUUUUACACUCCACCCAUCUACAAAGUAUCUAUCACAUUGUCAUUCUUGAAGAAGAUAGUUACACCAGAGCCUUCUGUUGCAAAAACUGGUGUAACAAUGAAGAGACACAUACCUAUAACUUUCGAUGGAGAUUCGAAUAAAGGUAUGAAACAGUUGAAGAAUUCUCGUGGAGACAACUUGAGGUUAUAUCAACCACCCAGUGGAAAAUUCAGUAAUAACAGCAAUUUUCAGUCUUAUGAUCGCUCUGGCAGAGGUAGAGGAGGUUUUAGAGGAAGAGGUCGAGGUCAUUUGAACAGGAAUUGGAGGAAUUGAGGAAAAAGCAAUUCAUCAACUUGUGUGCAACUUUCAAAGUUAAUUCUUUUUUGUUUGAAGAUUACACCAAAUCUUUUUCAAUAAAAUUUCGUCAAUUAUUUUAAUUCGAAUGACAUUAACAAGUAGUUUGUUACAUUUUUUAACGAUUGGAAUUGUAAGUUUGGCACCAUGUUCACUCUUCUGGAGAAUGUACCUAUAUUGGGUUGAUAAAUGAAAUUUUUAAUUCAAUUAAUUCAGACUCAUUUUCAUUAUGUCAUAAAAUAAAAGAUCUUUUGGGUUACCUUUUUUCAGUCAUGUACUAUUUUCACUAAUUUGAAUGUAUGAACUGCAAAAUUCAAUUAUAACAUUUUAUUCUAAUUCAAAAUUGUCCAGUAUAAGAUAAAUAGUUUGUGGCUUGCAGACAAAUUUUCAAUUCUGGAAAAGGUACCUCCUCAAGCGGGACUCGAACCCGCAACCCCCGAAUCACUAGUCCCGCUCGGGGAGGUACUUUUUCCAGAAUUGAUAAAUUUGUCUGCACGCCACAAACUAUUUAUCUCAUAUUUAUUACAUAACACAGAUGCUACAAUCCAUCAUUUUCAAAUUGUCCAGUAUGUUACCAUAAUUACUGGAUGAAAUUUUCAACAGACUUGUUAAAACAAAAUGAAAGACUUGAUCAGAAAUAGGGAACACGCACUGUAUGAAUUUUUGAAUCUAUCUUGAGAAGCAAUUGAAUGAUACCAAAUUAUAUUGUACAUUUAUUCAAUCAA